UUCAGCAAGACUCCCAGAAAAAUGAAUAGAAAAAUCUAUCGAUAUUUAAGUUAUAGCUUUUUUUUUUUUUUAAUUUUAAUUACGUAAAAUCGUGAUUGGAAAAAUUCAUUACAAUAAAGGACAAUUGUCGUCUAAGCGUGAAUUUUAUAGGAACUAAAUCGUGAAAAAGGAACAAUUUGGUAUUACCCGACCAGCGCAUCUUCUCCAUUUUAAAGGUUGGUCUCCGUUAUCCAUCAAACCUGUCCUAUAGGAUCUCUUCUUCUUUUCUCUAUAGAUGCACGACUGUUUCAAAAAUAACUUUUAACCGUAUCAGUAGGCCGUGAUCUAUCUCUCCGACUGUCGUCCUCUGCUCACUCCGAAUCUACACUCAGUCAAUCAGACCAACUGUUCUUCGUUCUUUUUUUAGUCUUCCUCUUUCAUUUCUAAAAGACACAUGGCCUUCAAAGUUCCGAAAGUUGCUGUGUUCACGGGGUCGGCGUCAAAAACACGUUUGACAAGCCGAUUACAGCACGGCAUAGUCUUAAUAACUAUAUAGCGUUUCUCAAAUCACCGGAGGUAGACACUCUCUUGUGCCCGCUCUCAUUUGAAUGAGAAUUUGGGCUGCAUCGCGUACACUUCACGUGACACAUCUAGCAAUCACGGGACGACACUCACAACUCUCAUUAUUGCCAGACAAGGACUAUAGCACCCCAAUGAACUCUCAGACCCACCUGUAUAGGCAUGUCCCUAAAAGUGAUCGGACGCCUCUAAUCAAUCCGUCCCUAUAAAGAACUGGCCCCACUCUGGGAUCAUCAUCAGUCUCUUAAAUCUGGCUACACCUCCUCAAAGGGUCUAACCCCUUUUUGUUUUCUUCUCAUUUACCUGCCAACAUUUCACUCGAUCGUUACAAACGUGGAUCUCUUCCAGCGCUAAACAGCUUAAAUGCUCGCCAAACUCACGAUUUACGUCUUUCUCAACUACCUUUACAGCAAUUAUUUGGCAUGGCCUGUGGUAUCGGCGACGGACAGCGACCUGCCGCAAUUUGAAUUGGCCGCCACCGGAUCCCAUCUGAAGAAGAAGACGGUGGAGCCGCUGCUGCGUUUUCCAUUCAUCCAUUCGUUAGCUAAUCCGUGCGGGUUCGCCUUGAAUUCAACUUCAUCCUUCCCUACCAUACAAAGUUGGCUGACUGAACGACAAGUGAACCACUUGGAGACGACACCUGCUCCGCUGGGCAAUCUGCGACCGGUAGACCUUAGCGGCGAAUCGACGUUGGCCCAGCAGAGUCUUGCCUUUCUCGCCCCAUUCCGCGAAAUCCUGUCGGUGCCAAACGGCCCUCGCUAUUCCGGCGUGAAAUAUUCCAGUGAAGACCAGCGUUCCUUGACGGAAGAAUUGAAACUUGUCACCUCUGAAGCUGGGCAUUUGAUCCGCCGCAUUUACUCGCCGUCGGGUUUACAUAGAUGCGGUGGUUUUCAUUUGCAGUCGUUGCCACGAGAGGAUUUCAUAGUUUCACCGACGGGCAACAUCCAGCUGGAAGAAGUGUAUCGCACUUUGCUGAUAUUAUCUACUCAUUUGCAUUUGAUGAUUCGCGAUGCGUACGACUCAACUCGAUUUUGUCCAUCGGAGAAUUACGUCCGUCUUCGAAACAUACAACAGUUAACCGGUAAAGUGGAAACGUCCAUGUGCUUGAUUUUGCAUUCGGCUCUGGUGACAGAAAAUUGCGACAAUGUCAAUUAUUUCCGAGUGACGCGUCAAAUUCUUCAAUCCUACGUCCAUCGCUAUUACGAUUGCUCUGCCAGAGAAAUUCGAAGAUGUUUGGUGAUCCGCUACGGCGAUCGAAUUUUGAGCCUCAUCGAACGUCAUAUUCAAUCGUAAAAGACAUCCCAACUGGAGAUAUACGCAUUCAAAUUGGAAAUUCAGCGCCAUUCGGGGCUGCUACACGCGCACAAAAACAUACGUAGGCUUAUUUGGUUUGGAAAUUUGGUUUAAUCCAACUCUUUUUUUUUCUUUUUAGUUGGGCCGCCAUUUUUGUUUAUCUUCUUCAACACGAGCAGCAUUUAAUUUGGGCAGUAAAAUAUACGGGUGGGCUGUUCUGUCUUUACGGUGGAAGGUAUUAAUUAGCAUUGCCGUGGGGUUUCAAACUAUACAACUCGAGUGGUCAAACAAUUCAAUGGCCGCAAGGAAUAAAAAAAUUUAAGCAUUCA